AUGUUUUCCAUGCUUUUUCUUCUCUCCUUCCUCUUCUUCCUUGCCAACAGUGGUGAGGCAGCUGUUCCAUAUACCACCGUGGAUGCCAACGCAGCUGCAUGCCUGGGAUUUGCGACAGACAUGGCUGCCAAGCCCUCUUCUGCAUGCUGCGAUGGGCUUCAGCAGCUUGCUCAGACCGUCAAAUCCGUGGAGGAUAAAAAGGCCAUUUGCCGAUGCUUGAAGGUCGGCGCUAAGUCACUUGGAAUCCAAGACAGGUUCUUGUCCAGGAUUCCUCGAGCCUGGAACAUCAAAGUUGGCUUCCCUGUCUCCGUCAACACCAAUUGCGAGACGUGA